CUCAGUGCCAUUAAACCCUAAGCAAUCAAAUAAGAUGAAUGCAUCAAAUCAAAAGUAUAAUUAUUGAUUAAUUACAAUACCAGUAGCAUCCGUUGAAAUUAAUCACCAUUUCAUCAAAUUAUUAUCAUAAAUCACGAGCCUUUCUGGGAGGGAACUCGCAAGGAAAUAAAUACGAAGCAAUUCAUCAGUAAUUAAAUUAAAACGGAAUUAAUUGGGAGAAUUUCCAUGGACGUGACAGAGAGUGGGUGGGAUCAGAAACAAGAUUCCGUGCUGCGUUUUCUGCGCCGCUUUCGGUUCCCCUCUGAACGACUUCUCUCUUCUUCUUCUUCUUCUUCUUCAUUCUUUCUCUCUGUCUAUGUAUAUGCAUCUUCUUCCUGUCAUCAACCACAUCAAUGUCUUUCACACAAUUGACCUUCUUUUUUUUUUUUUGGUUAAAUUCCCCUUUCAUCUUCCUUACCCUUUAUGUGCUUUCCCCCUUCAUUUUCUCCUGGUAUUCUGAAUGGAACCGAAUUUAUCAUCGGCUCUGUUAAUUUGCUAGAAAAAACAGAGUCCAUUUUGCAAAGUCUCUAACCAUCAUCCAUCGUUGUUUUCCUUCUCCUGACAAAGACGCCGAAAACGUGUCUUUCGCUGAAAACCCAUUACGUUGAUUACCCCAUAAUCAAGGAAUUAAGCCAGGAAGCAGAGAAUCAACCAACGAAAAACGAAAGAACCAUCCCCCUUUCCCUGACUCUGCUUUCCAUGUUUCCUGCAACUAAUAUCUUACUGUGGAGCGCUUCUUCUUCUUCCUCGAAAUCUCUUUCCAAUUACUGCUUUCCGUUUCAAUCCCCUUCUGCCGAUUCUGUAUAUUAAGGUUCCUCCUGUCCUCUUCAGGACGUUCCAGCGCGCAGGUUCUCUGUAAUUCCAGAAUCAUGCUUAAGAUAUCAAUACCAGUGGAUGCCAAAACCAGAUCAUGCCUCUGCCGCACCGUUUUCCCGGCCGCUUCCCUCAUUCUGGUAGUCUUCUUCAUCGGCACCUCCGUUCUAGUUCCUGACCACAAACAGUCUGAAUUGCAGGCAUUGACAAGAUCAGAAGCCGUAGGUAGUUUCAGCAAUCUCAAUUCCACCUGCAAUUGCCAGGAAAGGCCUCAGGGAGGAGGUGAAACGUUGCGCCAAGGCAAGGAACCGGAGAGGCCUCAGGAAACAAAGACAUUGCCCCAAAGCAAGGAUCAGGAAAUGCUUCAGGGAAGGCAGGCAUCGGCCGAGAUCAAGGAACAGGAAAUGCUUCAGGGAAAUGAGAAAUUGCCCCAAAGUAAGGAUCAGGAAAGGCCUAGGGAAAGUGAGACAUUGCCCCAAAGAAAUGACCAAGAAAAUCCUCAGGCAACUGAGACAUUGCCUGAAAGUAUUGUCCAUUCCAACAAUCUGAAUUCUGCGAAUUGCCAGGAUCGAGAAAUGCCUCAGCGAAGCGAGACAUUGCCCCAGGGUAUCAUCCAGAAGACUUCAAAUUUGCAGAUGAGGCCCCUAUGGGGAAAUGUCGCCAUGAGGAAACCAAACGAGAAGGCCAACUUGUUUGCAGCAGCUGUGGGUGUGAAGCAGAAAGUCCUGGUGAACAAGAUGGUGACCAAGUUUCUUUCGAGUAGCUUCACGGUGAUGUUGUUCCACUACGACGACGCUGUGGAUGAAUGGAGGGAGUUUGAUUGGAACUCCAAUGUCGUUCAUGUCUCUGCACAUAAUCAAACCAAAUGGUGGUUUGCAAAGCGGUUUAUGCAUCCUGACAUAGUCGCGGAGUACGACUACGUAUUCCUGUGGGAUGAAGACAUCGGAGUCGAUACAUUCGACCCCCUCAGGUACCUGUCGAUUGUCUCGAGCGAAGGUCUCGAGAUAUCGCAACCAGCAUUGGACGUGGGGAAGUCGGAGAUUCAUCAGCAGAUUACUGCUCGGAUCAAUUCUAUAGUCCACAGACGAAUAUACAAGCCGGGAUCUUGCGAACGAAACAACACUUCUCCUCCAUGUACCGGGUGGGUAGAGAUGAUGGCUCCUGUGUUCUCGCGAGACGCCUGGCGCUGCGUUUGGUACAUGAUCCAGCUUUUGGUGUGGGUUUGCAAUUGCAGAAUGACUUGAUCCAUGCUUGGGGACUGGAUUAUCGGCUUGGCUACUGUGCUCAAGGGGACAGAACCCAGAAGAUGGGAGUUGUAGAUGCAGAGUAUGUUGUUCAUCAUGGCAAGCCAACACUUGGUGAAUCAAAGGAUUCUACCCCACCGCGCCCUUUUAAUCCCCGUGAAUUCAACCCUAGAGUGGAAGUGAGGAGACAGUCGUGGAACGAGUACAAAACGUUCAAGCAAAGAUGGGCGAAGGCAGCUGAGGAGGAUAAAUGUUGGAUAGACCCUUACAAUGAUGACCCUCAUAGAAAAUAGUGUACUAGAGAGUCCAUUUUGUUUCUUUCAUUUUUUUUUGUUUUGUUUUGGAAUCCUCUAGAGUGAAGUGGCAUACAUUGAUUCUUGGGGAUCGAAUCGUAAAUAGUUUCGUGUAAAUCCAUAGGACGGGGAACCUAGAUUCUUGUAUUCAUUUGUGAGGCAAAAGAGGAAGGGAAAUUGUUGAGAGGACGCAAAAAAUUUAUGUCCCUAUUUGAUUUGAAUUACCGAUAAAACCAGAAGGAUCAAAGAAUAUUUGUUUUAGAUUACAUAAGAAAGAAAAAAGGUGGUUGUUCUCUCU